AUGCUGACUUCCAAGAGAUAUUCCAACCCAACUGCUGGUAUGUAAUAUAUUUUGUAAGGGUUUCAGUAUAUGCACAUUGUUACACCAGCUAUUAAAAUGAACAGAUUUCUCUGUAGAUGCCUUUAUUUAUCAGUAUCAGAAACCAUUCAUUAACUGGAAUUGCAGAAUGGCUUAACAUAGUGGGUUUUCAAAAAAGAAAUCUCCCUCAUAUCACUGCAGCCACAGCAACUCCGAUACUGCAGUUAUCAAAGCAGGUUAUUUUUUAUUAUUAUUUAGACUUUAAGGAAACAUUUUUCUUUGAGGGGGGGGAAUUUAACUUCAAAUUGGUUCCGAGCAAUGAUGCAGUUUCUAACUGACUCCUAUUCUGGCUUUAUUCCGAUCUUGUUUAAAAGUUUCAUAUUGAAUAUGCACAUUUUAUGGCUUUGAGAAAAUUGAUGUGAACUGCCACAAGAACUUAUCAUUAAUGAGUGGUUAUUAAAAAUGCUAUUUUUUUAAAUAAAAAAAACUGCAGAUUGGUCUAAAAGCAUGAAUACGUUUCCAUGUCCAAAGGAAGACUUCGCAAGGUAAGGAGACAGCAAUAGGCUUCAGGGCGGGAAUGACUGCAGAGGCAUAUAUAAUAUUGACCAUUUAUCAGACAGUGACACAUCACUGGUACAACAAUCACAUAGCCAAGUGCCCAUACUUAUAUUUUUAAAAUACAAAUGUAUAUUGUUUAGUGUCAAAUCAAAGCUGCUGAUACAUACAAAGCAUAUUGAAUAUUCACUGCUGAGCAAGGAACAUGGUAUGAUUCUUCUCGGUUCUCCAGGAAACCUGCACCAGAGCAUUUAACUGUGCGAACUCCGCACAACAACUUUCAAAAUGUGAUGGGCAAGCUGGAGCAGAGUUGCUGUUGCUAACCUUCCCAUGAAUGGGUAUUUGUAAGCAUGUCUAAACAAGCAGCUGCGACUCUUCAUUGCUACAAUCUGGGCCGCCCUCUUCUUAUCUGUCUGGCUGAAAUUCCAGAGCUAGCCUUUCAAGGGUCGUCUUCAAUGUAAACCUCUUAUAACAAUUAUUGCUGCGGUGGUAUGCAAAUUUUGUAUCUGCCAGCAUCUAUCUUUAGUCACUUGGCAAGUACACCCUGACAUAUAAAUGGCAACGUCAAUAACAUGUUUGCAACCUCUUUCCAUACUUAUGGACUUGCAAGGGCCAGUGCUUUGGCAAGUCACAUUAAUGAUUAUUUUGUACUGUUUAUAAUGGGGUUUAUGUUUUGUCCUUUUACACCACCCUGAUAUUUUAUGAUCUACCAUUAUAUAAUUUCUAUAACUAAAAAUAUGUAUACACACUUUAGGGGAACUGUUUUGCUCUCUCAGUCCUCAUUGUUCUGUGCAAGUGGUUAUCUGCUACUUAUUUAUGGAUUUCUGAAAUCCAAUAAAAUUUAUUAAAAUGUGGAUAUUGAAGCAUUGCUCUUCUUUCCAAUAGCAUUGUACAUAAAGGGACCCCUGACCAUUAGGUCCAGUCGUGACCGACUCUGGGGUUGCAGCGCUCAUCUCGCUUUAUUGGCCGAGGGAGCCGGUGUACAGCUUCCGGGUCAUGUGGCCAGCAUGACUAAGCCGCUUUUGGCAAACCAGAGCAGUGCACGAAAAUGCCGUUUACCUUCCCGCCGGAGCAGUACCUAUUUAUCUACUUGCACUUUGAUGUGCUUUCGAACUGCUAGGUUGGCAGGAGCUGGGACCGAGCAAUGGGAGCUCACCCCGUCGCGGGGAUUCGAACCGCCGACCUUCUGAUUGGCAAGUCCUAGGCUCUGUGGUUUAACCCACAGUGCCACCUGCGUCCCUUAGCAUUGUACAUAUCUGUAGCUUUAAUUUCAUGCUGAACAAGCCACACGUAUACAAUGAAGAUAUGGGGGUUUAUGUAUGUGAAUGUGUAGUUCUGGGGGGAAAUUACCUUACCAUUUGACCUCGUUAUCUGUCAAACGGCCAAGAUUCCAAAUAUACCAAGCCCUCAUAAAAACAGUUCCGCAUAUGAAAACAAUGGGAACAUUUAAAACAAUUCCACAUAUGAAAACCGUUUAAAAUGGUUCUAAUGCAGAUCUCCACUUUGAAAGCAUGUUAAAAGAGAAAGGUCUUCAGUAGGUGUUGAAAAGAUGAUAGAGAUGGCAUCUGUCUAAAAUGUAACAGGAGAGAAUUCAGAAGGCUAGCUGUCGCCACACUAAAGACCUGGUUCCUGUAUUGUGUGGGACAGAUGCCUCAGUGUAAACCUCAGUGUAAACCAAAGAGGUUUAAAGACUGUCUGAAGGCAAAUCUAAAAAAAUGUAGUAUAAACACCGACAACUGGGAAAAACUGGCCUGCGAGCGCUCCAUUUGGCGAACAGCCUUUACCAAAGGUGUCAUGGGUUUUGAAGACACUCAAACUCUGGACACAAGGGACGCAAGGGAGAAACAUGCUAAGAGGAAGGCACGCUUGGCAAAUCCACACCGUGAUCAACUCCCACCCAGAAGCCAAUGUCUCCACUGUGGAAGGAUGUGUUGGUCCAGAAUUGGCCUCCACAGUCACUUACAGACUCAUUGUUAAAAGCGUGUUUAUGGAAGACAGUCUUAUUCGGCUACUAGUGAUUGCCAAAGAAGAAGAAGGGACAGAUAGUAUCUGCUGGAGUCCCUCUCCUGCAAAGUGCAGUGAUCAGUUUGGUAUGUAAGAGGUGAGACUAUCUUUUAGGUAUCUUGGUCCCAAGCUGUCUAGGGUUUUGCACACCAGUGCUUGCACCUUGAACUUAGUCCAGUAGCUUAAUUGGCAGCCAGUGUAAUUCUUUCAGCAGCAGUUUAAUACGAUGGUGAUGGUCUACCCCAGUGAGCAAUCGGACUACAACACUUCUUGAUGAACCUCAAAGGCAGUCCCAAAUAAAGCACACUGCAGUAAUCCAAUCUGGAGGUUACCAGCCCACAGAUGACAAUAGUCACCCCAUCCUUUUUCUAGAAGUGGCUAUGCUGUUUUACCAUGUUAAGCUGGUAAAAGACACUCUGACCCACUGAGGUCACCUGGGCCUCUCUGUGAAAGUUGACAUUUAAACCUGUUACACACAGAAUCCACCAGAUGGCACUGAAGUAAUAAUGCAUUCCUUAAAGAAAUAAAAAAGCCCAGCAUAUUUCAAUUUUAUUCUGCAAGUUAUCUUUAUGUUACCAUAGAGUUUCUACAUAUUUCAGAAGACGAGUGGUAGCAAUUGUGGUAGGGUGAAAGGUGGGAAUUAGUAACUUCCUUUAUGCAUUUUCAUUUAAUCUUGAUCAAUGUUUUUCCUUUUUUCCAGGGUAGGAAAAUGCGAGUUCAACUGUUCUUUGAGUUGUAGAACUUGCAUGUUGCUCAAAACAAAAGCAACCCCCCUCACACACUGUUUACUGACUUUUGCAGCAGGUGGACACAUGCCUUAUCUAUUAUGCCACUAUUGUAUUUCUUCUUCAGUCAAGAUCAGUCAAUAUUUACUCUCUUUUCUCUGAGAUUUGUUUACUGUGGUGAUAUGAGAACAUUUAUUCAUAUUGUUUAAUUUCUCUAAAAUUGACUUCUUUGAAUGUUAACCUUCAAUAAAAGAAAUAAAGAAAAGAAUUGAAAAUUAUGGGUACUCCACCCCCAGUAGCUGUGGAUAUAUGUUUGACCAAUGCUGCAACAACAACAUGCUAAAGUCUUGCAUCCCUCAAAAAAUCUGCCUUGGGCCUUCUGAUACAAUCAUACUAUUCUGUUUUCUGUUCACACCCUUCUCAGGAAUCAAGAGCUUCAGGACAGCUUCAGAGAUGGGACUUUUGCCAGGCCUAUUCCAAAGAAAGGUUUAAAGUUCCCAUUCCCUCAUAGUCUCAGGGCUUCACAGGCUUCCUAUUUUCUUAACAAUAAUGUUGCACAUUAAUUACAUUCAUAGAAUUAACAUGACUGCUAGUUUGGCCCAAAAUCAUAAGGGCGAAGCAGUGCCAGUGCUAAGCAUAUUUAGUUAGAUGAAUCGACUUUUAACGGAAUGACAUUAAUUUGCACAACCAACCUAUUGUUUAUGAACUAUUUUUCUUGCUGUCAGUUUCUGGUGCUUCAGAAUUUUUAUGUUUUUCACAGAAUUUGUGGUGGUAGGAAACUACACCUGAGGCAUUGGGAAGAGAAGGAAAGCAGCAAAAAGAAUAUUGAUAGAAUGGUGGUGGGGUUUUUAAAAACUUUAAUCAAAACUGUGAAACUGCUCUUCACUAGAUGUACCUUAAGAAUCGUGACAAGUUCUUAUGUGGUAUCUAGAGCAGCAUGUUACAAUUGUAGCAUCUGGCACAGAAUGCUACUAUUGCUACAACAGGCAGAAAAAUCAUUUUAAGUGGUUUGUCAGGACCCUCAGCAAUUUUCAAGUAGUCUGGGGAAAGGUUUGGGAGCCACUGUAACCUAUGUGAUCAGAUGCAAACUUUAAAAACUCCUUUAAAAUACCUUACCUUUCUAAACUUCAACACUGAAUGCUUUUUCUUUAAAAUCAUAAAGGCAAAUUCCAUUUAGGACAAGAGAAGAACCUCUGUUUUGGUUAGUUUCCAGGAUAUUCGACAAUGCUCUGGACAGGAGCACACUGACUCCCAAAGCACUUUUUAAAAUAAUAAUUAUUUUAAAAUAUUUUUAUUUCAAAAUAAAUAAAUUGUAAUGAUUGUUUCAACUUUCUUCAAUUCCUUCCCCACUAAAAAGUUUAGGAUCACUAACUAGUGAAAUUUACCAGACUGGCUGUUCAUUAUCUGGUUUAGUAAACUGGAUUCUAUCAACCUAGGAGAUGGCAAGUGGAAUUAAAGUGUAAACAAGCUUGUAGCUGCAUCAGUGACAAUCAGUCAACUUCUAUUUAUUCCUUUUGUACUUGUCUUCUUCUGUUCCAUUUCUACCAUUAUUGAACUGCUGAUAUUGGCUCAGGGCUGAUGCCCCAGAAAUACAAAUGGGGAAGCUGUUCCAAGUAAAUGAUUAUCUGUUACAACCUUAGGUUCUAGGCUAAGUGCUCUUGCUCAAAGCACUUGGCUCCAUGAACUUCACUAGAUGCACACUUACACCCUUGUUUCAUCCUGUCCCAUUAUAUCUUUUGUUGGGCUGCUCCAAAUGGAUUCUAGCCAGCCAGAAAUAGUUCUCAGUUGGCAUUUCAGAAAUAACUGCUAUGAGCUCAAUAACAUAUUGGUGGAUGUUCAACAGAAAUCAUUAACUCCUUGGAUGGCUUGUUUUCUCUGAAUUUUGUUGUUGUUGAAAAUUAAAUCUCCUGGGCUGAAGAGCAGGUGGGGCUUGUCAAACUGGAAAGGUAGCCCCUCUAGGGAAACUGUUCCUAUACCUCCACUGCCUUGCAGGAUAUCUUCAGGACAACAAAAGGCUAAGGGGUAAACCCUACACAAAUCUGGAGUGGAGUUCCUAAGAUGGUUGGAUGGUGCCUUGUAUGACUCCUUCCAGCAACUCCUGCAGACAAGCUGGUGCCAAAUGCAUUACACUGCUUUCUUUUGAACUACAUAUCUUUAGGCAUUAGGGGAAAAAACAUUCCUCUUCUCCCAGGCCUUAAACAACCUAUGUAUCAGGGUGGAGGAGUUACUGUUUCUGUUUGUUACUAUGUUAUGUAUUUUUGUGUUCUUAUAAUCUAAACUGCCCCGUGAUCCUUGGAUGAAAGAAGGCAUAGAAAUGCAAGAAAUAAAAUAACACACAAAUGAGAUUCUUGGAAUAGCAGGAGCUUGUGGACCCUGACUGGAACAGACAGAUGAUAUCACCUCAAAUAGUGCCCCUCUAGUGGGAGAAAUGCAGUUUGCCAAUUUACAAUCCAGGAUGCCAAGCUGCUGGUAAAUGCUGUUAUCAGCCACAGCAAAGAGAAUUGCAGCAUGUCACUUGAAGGUCACAAGCAGCCAGAGAUGGGUAACUCUGUUAGUCUGUUACAGCAAAAAAACCCAAGAACAUUACAGCAUCUUAAAGACCAAUACAUUUAUUCCAGCAUAAGUGUUUGUGGACUAGAGUCCCCUUUAGCAGAUGCAUGAAGUCCUAUCCUGGAUUACAGAUACACACAUAGUUACAGGAGAAACAGUGAGGCCAGAGGGAACUGAAAUACAGUAACACAGGUGAUAUAAUUAAAAGUGGGCCAUUCACAAAACUGUUGUCAGAAAUAACACAGACACAGACUGUAUUAGUGACAUGAUACAAGAUGUCGCAGGUUUCUCCUUCAUGCCAUUUUGACCAAAUCUAUCUCUGCACCCAUAAAAACAACCAAACCUGUUUUAUUCUUCUUCUAGUUUUUAAAAACUUUCCAUGGAGGCCCUGUGCUCAUUCUCUGCAGUACCUCCUGUGAUUUUUAAAAUUUAUUUAAAAAAAAGGUUAUUCCCCUGACCCACCAAGAUUGUCCUUUAAGCUGCAGCCAUGGGCAUAAUGGAUGUAGGAACAUGAAAGGCAGAUGGCAUAGCACUAGACAUCUGCAGUGUUAGUUCCCCAGGGGAAGGCCACCUAAAUGUAAACAGCCCCCAAAAGAGGAAUGAGCUGCACCGAAGAGGAAAAUCUGAUUAUAUAAACAGACAUGUUACAAUCUUCUUGUCCUCUCCCCCAAAGCUAUUUGUGGUUUAACUUGAACGCAUACAAGCAAAAUGGAGUUCUAUCAGAGCACUAUUAGGACACCACCAGUAUCAACUAUGAUGAGACGAGUUCCUCCACUUGAAGAAAUCUAUAACCUUUUUGCAAUGCACCAAAGCACUGCAGAUUCUUAUAGGAAGAGACAGUUCUUAAAAUGGAACUUCCAAUCAGAGAGCAACUGUCCCACUUAGCUAAUACAAGGGUUGCCCUUAUUUGUCCUUCAUUAUGGUGACAACCAUUCCAGAUUGUGGUAUAAUCUAUUAAUAACAUCUCUCUCUCUCUCUCUUCUCCCUUUCUGUUUUUGAUCUCUAAGACAGGGAGUGAUGUCUGACAUAUCCCUACUUCCAAUGACACUACGGAGAAAGAUGUUAACAGCACACUGCUGUCAUCGGUAAAGCUUUGGCUGAUCUACUGAGUCAUUUUCUAAAAUUGAUGACAGUGAUGUUGCUUCAGUGUGGUAUUAUCUCCUACUUAUUUCACUGCUGAUGAUAUGAAGGACUUAAGCCUGCCAUUAUAAAAAGUACUGCGACUAGGGUAGUCAUCAUUGCAGAAUUCCAAUGGCAUCAUUGUUUAUAUAUUUAUUUGCUUUUUUAUAUUAGCAUGACACACAAUCCAGAGACCAAAAUCAUAUUCCAAAGCUAUUGUGAACAUUCACCUUCAAAUGAUAGGGAGCCCCAAACACAGGGGAUGCACUAAUUUCCAUCUGCAGGUAAGCUCCAAUAGCACCGUAUACAGGUAAGAAAGGGAAGGGGAGGGUUGCUGCAAAGUAUGCUUUCUUCUCAUGUUCCCCCUUCCCCUUUGCCAUAUGCAAAAGUUGCAUUUCGCCUCAACUGUAAUGCACCACCAACACUCUUACCCAAUAUCAGGGAGCAGUGUCUCUCAGACACAGGGAAAGCACAACCCCCUCAUGCAGCUACUUUCUCUAUUGGUGAAAGCUGUACACCAGGCAUCCCCAACCUUCGGCCCUCCAGGUGUUUUGGGACUACAAUUCCCAUCAUCCCUGACCACUGCUCCUGUUAGCUAGGGAUCAUGGGAGUUGUAGGCCAAAACAUCUGGAGAGCCGCAGGUUUGGGGAUGCCUGCCAUACACUGUUUCCACAGAUGGCCAAACAUUCAUGAGUACUUUUUGCCCAGGAGUAUCAAAACACAGAUGCAUGUUCAUUCUGCCUCUCACGCUGUGCUGAAAUAUAUAUUUAACUAAGGCCACCUCUCGGUGGUAACGGGGCACUGCAUUCACUCACCCUGCCUCCCCUUCGCCCUCUGUCUCACAUAAUAUCAUGAAGGCAAAUGAUGAGGUUAUAACUUACUUUGCAUACCAGAAUGCACUAACAGAAGCUGAUAACCAGUUUGAAUGUCACAAAUGGAAUUUUGUCUGCAUGCACUGCUUUAAAAUAUAGCGAUACAUUUCAGAGGUAUAAAUGACUUAUUUCGAGCUCGUUUUUGAUGUCUCAAAAUCAGCUACUGUAGUGUCAAAUUUCUUCAGAUUUAAAAAAAAAAAUCACGUUGGGAGACAAGCGUUUUCUUAUGUCCAUGCUAGAACUGCCAGGUUUCCAUGGUCUGGCAGACAGAGAAUGAUUCAGAGGUUUAAUGUUUCCUUGCAGUUAGUUGCAUAGCUCUUGCAGCACAUAAUGAGUGACUCACUACUCUGUCUCCCCUUUUUGUUUUUAUGCCCACCAGGAAUAAUAAUUUUAAAAAUGCUAGCUUUGCUUUUUCUUUUCUUUUUAAAGUGUGAGCUGAGGAAAUCCAGGUGAUCUCACAGCAAUCUACAGUUCUAGGAAUAGAAAAUGUUUUGACUCGCAACAGUCAAGCUCAGAACAGAUAUUUCUUUCUAAAUCUUAUGCAAACAUUUGAUGAGACGUGGAAGUCCCAGAAUGCUAUAAUUAUAUUUGAAUAAGGUUAUAUGUUAGAGCAGCAGUAGAUUAUUGUACAACUUGUGACAAUGGCCACAACCCCUGAUAACAGUAGUUCUCUUUGGUUCCUUGAUAUCUUUCCCAUGUGAUUUUUUUAAAAAACAAAAUUCAAAUGUGGUCUAAGGGAAAAUAUAUUCUCACUUAUUUUUUAGAAACAGAUUCUUGUGUCCUAUUGAUACUGUUGUCCUUUAGUUCUAUUUGUUGCACCAGUGGGCAAUAUAUCAUUUUUAAAUAAUUGGUUGUUUGCCAGCCAAGCAAUGGACUUGUUUUUAUUCCAGCCAGCUCUCAUUUCCAUUAAAAAAAAAUCCUAAGUAUCUUAUUCUUCUGACUGAUUACAUUUUCUGUGAAUGAAUGCAAAAUUUUAAAAAAAUGUUCACAUUAAACUAUAAUGUGUAUAUUUCUGGCUCUCUCUGUGUGUAUAUGUGUGUGUACACAAGUGAGUAAGGAUUGGCUAUGGCUCCGUGUCACAUGUAGUAAAGGUAAAGGUACCCCUGCCCGUACGGGCCAGUUGUGACCGACUCUAGGGUUGCGCGCUCAUCUCGCUCAAGAGGCCGGGAGCCAGCGCCGUCCAAAGACACUUCCGGGUCACAUGGCCAGCGUGACUAAGCUGCAACUGGCGAGCCAGCACCAGUGCCGCACACGGAAACGCCGUUUACCUUCCCGCUAUAAAGCGGUACCUAUUUAUCUACUUGCACUUAGGGGUGCUUUUGAACUGCUAGGUGGGCAAGAGCUGGGACCGAACGACAGGAGCUCACCCCACCACGGGGAUUCGAACCGCCGACCUUACGAUCAGCAAGUCCUAGGCACCGAGGUUUUACCCACAGCGCCACCCGCGUCCCUGUCACAUGUAAUAUCAUGAAGCAAAGCCCAGCCCAGCCCCGUUACACUCUCUUCUGGGUCCGAAAAUGGCCCGCACAUCCUUCUUCUGGGGAUGGAGAGGCACCAUUUUGUGGUUCACCUCAGGUACUAAAAUAUCUGUGGCCAUCCCUUCCUUAUACAUUCAGAUUCAACUAUCUAAACUGAAAUCAGCAGGACUAUUCAAGAGUUCCUGAAAUGGUAUACUGCAUAUGCUUUACUGCAUAUAUUCGUUUUACUUUUUGUAAACUGAUUUGAGGGUGGUUGGCUCCCCACCCCCAGCAAGCAGUGUAUAAAUGUUAUGAAAUAAAUAAGCACCACUGUACUUUUUAUUGCAUUACUAUUUAUUAUUGCAGCUAUUCAAGAGUGUGUACAGGUGAUACCUGUGGAGUGUUGUAUGCAUGUGGCAGCCAAUCCCAUAUCGUUCCAUCCCAGCCACAGGACCUCUGUCUUCGAAGGAUUUAGCUUCAACCGGCUCCCAUGUAACCAUCCAGCCACAGCUUCCAAACAUCUGGUCAGUGUGUCUGGGGCCGAGUCAGGAUGGCCAUCCAUCAACAGAUAGAGUUGGGUGUCAUCAGCAUAUUGAUGGCAACCCAGCCCAAAACUCCGGACAAGCUGGGCGAGGGGGCGCAUAAAGAUGUUGAAAAGCAUCUGUGUAAAACUUGGAUAAAACAGGGUUCUGGGCUCAAGUAUUAUGGGAUAUUGUUACUUUACCUACUGGUGAACUUUGUUUACUUAAAUGUGGAUGAACUUUUAAUCAAUGAACUUUUAAUCAUGAUCUUUUUCUUUUUUAAUGUAUCAUAAGGAUUGUAUUUAGACUGUUCGGGUUUUUUACAUGAACACCAGGAGUAGUUGGUGUGGUAAGGGAGCACUGUAUCCCCUCGUCUUGACAGUGGCACUACUGUUGCUUACCUCAAUGAGGGCAAAGUUGGGGCUACACAGACGUACCAGCAGAGCCAGCUUGGUCCUUCCACACAGUGCCACCUCGCCACCGCCCUUCCUCUGUGCUGUCUCAGUAACCGCUAUUGGGAGGGUGGCAACACAACAUUGCCCCAUUGUGCACCUGCACGAAAAACCACUUUGGGCAUAAAUGUAUUUGUAAACAAUGUGAUAAAUAGACUAACUGUGCUUCCAGACUGUUGCUAUUUUCAGGUGGGAUUCAAUCACAUAACGGUAAAUUUAAGUUGUGCAAUUAUAAUUGACUGGGACAUCAUCCACAACAAGCCCACUUCCCCCAAAGAUCAGACUUUUUGCAACUGGAAACAUGCCAGGAAAAUGCACUUAGCUUUGACAUGUCACCUCCCGGAAAACAAAGCAGAAUGAAUGCUUGUUAAACAGCCAAUACCCUUUCAUCUCACCGCAAACAAAUUAAAGAGGGAUACACAAUAAACAGGUUGUCUGGAAGCACCCUAUGACUAAAUAUUAGUCUGUGCAUAUAAUCUUGGCACCCCCACCCCACCCCCUUGUGCUUGAGGUAAAAAAUGAAGGCGUUCCUUUUAUCCACUUACACAGGAGUAAACCUCAAAGCCAAGGGAACUUUUCUACAAAUCAGUUACAUUCCAUGUGAGACAUUAUAGUAUCAGGUUGGGGGAGAAGUGGGCGUGUGUGUGGUAAAACUUACAUUCUUUUAAUUAGUGUAUGUGUGGGGGGUGCAUAGGCGUCACUUGGGUAGGUUCUCUUUCUAUUCAUUUAUUAUUUUUCCUUGCACUCACUACCUGGAAAAAAGAGACAAUGCACAUACUUUUGUAACCUAAGAAAAUCUUUUAACAAAAAAAUAUUUUUAAAGAAAGAAAGCCAAAUGAACUUUCUUCCAAGAACUAUGAGCAGGUUAGAGCAGAUCCAUCUUGUGGCACACAGAUGACACGUGCUGACCUGGCCUCUCCAUCCAGCCCGCGGGGAAUCCCUUUUUGUGUGUGUGGGGGGGUGACAAUGUGCCCCCUCUUCUUUCAGGUUUCACCCGUGGCUGGGCAGCCCCCAGCAGCCCCAACCAACUAAUCAAUGUGGCAGCUGGGCAGCUCCUAGCCCUCCCGCCCCCCUCCGGACCCCAGUCCCUUGGCUCCUCCCACUUCAUUCAUCUCAUCUGUGGUUGCCUGUUGGCGCCUGUUUGGGUUUCCUCGCCUGCAGCCAAUAGCGGUGAAUGUUGCUCAGCAGCCAGAGCCACAGCCGCCUGCUUCUGUUGGGGCGAAGGGAGGAUUCUGGCGUCUCCUUCCUCAGCAGUCGGGCGGGAGUAGACAACUCCGGAGGUGGGGAAAAGCAUCCCUCACCCAAGCAGGGCAGCCCGCUGAAGAGAGGCCGGCUGUGGCGCCCCGCGGUCCGUGCGCGCUGGCCUGGACUUACGCGAAGGCGGGAGAGAGCGGUUACCUCAGGGCUUGUGGCGCGGAGGGCUCUGCAAGAAGCAGGUAUUGAGGAGAAGGCGGCGCGCGCGGUGGGGUCGGGGCUGAGGCGGCUGCCCUGGGCGCGCGCUGACGUGGGCUCGGCGGGAGUGGAGUCCGCGCGCCCAGGAGCGGGAAGGAAAGAGGGGCAGGAGUGGGCUCCUCGCCGUCGUCGUCCAAGGUUUGGGCUGGGCUGGCUGCUGGGGAAACGGCCCUCGUGCACGCAGGUCGUUGUUCUCCUCCCUCUCCACCCCGUAACGUGUGAAGGGAGAGCUCUCCUGCAGAAACUUGAAGGGGGUUCGUGUUCCUCCACUUCUUCCCUGUGGGCUCUUCCUUGCAGGAUAAGAGGCACCUGGGUUCUUUCUGUUGUCUGAGGAUGUCGCGCUGCUGCAACGUGUGUUUCUGAGGGCUUCUCAGUUGCGCGGGCAUUGCUGCAGGCGUCCCUCGCCUGAGUUCAGAGCACGGGCGUCCUAAUUGAAAUUAUAAUUUGAAAAACCAAAUAAAUAAUUUUUUAAAUAAAACAAGAGCACGGAGUCCUCGCUCUUUAAGGCUGCCUCCUUAAGACGGCUGUCCAAACACCCUUCCCUUGAAACAACGAAGAGGUGGGAUGGGAGGAGGAGGGGUGGUGCUGGUAAAUGCUUCACGCGUUAUUGUGGUCUGGGGUGUAUGUGGGCUAUGAAAACUUAUGCCCAGCGAUAUGCAUAGUCUUCUACUGCAUAUCCGUUUCUGAAGUUCAGGGAUAAGUGCUCUUCCUUCUGCAGUCAAAACAGCAGCCCCUGCACGUAAGAGGGAAGCACCAGCAAACCUGGGAGAAUUGCAAAGUUGGCAGAAAUGUUUUGGGGUGGGGAAAAACUUUAAGGUGAGAACCCCGGGAACAACUUAUCAUUAUGAAACUCUUUCCAUGAGGCAUCCCAAAGCCAUUUACUAUUCAAUGAGGAUUCAAUAUGCUUGGUUGGAUCCUACCUGCUAUACCUAUAAAGCGCAUUUUCCUCUCAAGGAAUUCUGGGCACUGUAGUUUACCGCUUGGCAAAUUUUCCCAGUAUCCCUUAAAUUACAGUGCGCAGAAUUCUUUGCAGAAAAAUGUGUUUUCAUUGUGUGGUUUGCACACCAUUAAAGGAUUAAGAAGAAAGGUGUGUGUGUUCCCUGUGUCAUGAAAAUGGGUUCAGUUCCUUUUUCUUCUUCUUCUUCUUUUUGGCAUUUAUUUCCAGGGAGUUGGUGAGACAUUUCUGAGGAUGUUCCUGCUUGGCUCAAAGCUCCUGUUGCUGGCUGUCCUUUUUGGGGUGGCCCACGCAGCUCCUGCUUCAGAUAGAGAUGAGCAGCCUGAAGAAGUACUACUAAACUUUCCCAAGGAUGAAGCUAGUCUGAAUGAAAUGUUCCGAGAGGUAGAAGAGCUGAUGGAGGACACACAGUACAAGUUGAGGAAUGCAGUCCAAGAGGUGAGACUUGCUGUCCAGAUCGAUUGGUACAGCUGUGGAUGAGAAAUGGGCAGAAGGUUAACCUUAAUACUAAGCAGAGUGACUUCUUUUUUUUUAACAUACAAAACAGAACUAGUUUGUUUGAAAUAUUUGCUUGAAAACCCACAGUUGGGUUGAUCAGGACAAUGAGAGUGUGGCAAAACAUGGGGGAAACUGUGUUCAGAGUUCCCUAAAUGGUGGAUUGGUGGAUUUUUGCUUGUUUGUCAGGAAUUGGACCAAUCUAUUCAGGCUAUGCAUUUAGAUAAUACGGGUUCUCUUCCUGAGCUACUUGUCUGGAUAAUGAGCAUGCAAACCAUAGGGGAUAUGGAAACAGGCUUAGAGCUGUGUCCACCUUUCAGUAUUGCUGCAUCAACAGUUCACUUGCAUCCUCUCUGUUCUAGGCAUCUGUGAGUAAUGGAGGAGUUCUUGCUGAAGGACAUUAAAAAUAUCUGCAGACAGCAUAGCUCCAAAGAAUCUUACAGUAACUGGGUCUCCUAGUGUAACACUUUUCAACAGAAGUAGUAGAUGCCAGAGCCAAAAGAGAGGGUGGGGGAAAGAAUGUGAGAGAACAGGGCACUUAAUCACAAUUCUAAAAUGCACACACCAUGAGAAGUGCAGGUACCGUACAAAUAAGUUAUUCAUUGUUCACAUGAAUCCAGGUGCAGAGCUUGGAAGAAGCAGGCUUUAGGCAUCCAUUGCUGUCAUCUACAAAUCUCCACUUUCACUUUGCACAAAGGAGAAUACAUUAGCUGCUGUUCCCGUUCCUCUUUUCUUUCUCUGAAGUUGCAUAUGUUUCUUCUGGCCAAUAAUGCUAGGGUGGGGGUGUAGUUUGACCUUGUUCCCUAGCCUCAGUAAACAUUUUGAUAAUGUGAGGGAUUUGCUGCAGUUAGUUGUCUGGGGUGCUUUCACACUAUUACUACACAGCCCGAUAUGUGGCUCCUGCCCCUGCUAAUUUCAUGAUGGAUAAAAUCAGCAAAUGUGGAUGGCUGAUCUGCUUUUGAAGCAAUGCUGGCAGGCUUAUUACACACCACUGUUACAUUUCACUUGCAUUUUUACAUUUACCUUCCAGUUCUGGAUACUGCUAAGUAUGCCUUCUUCUGCCAAUAUAUAUAUCUAGAAUAUGGUUUUGUUAUCUUCCGGACCCAGGGGCAUCUUCCACCAUCGUCAUUACAUACUGUUACAGCAGGAAAUGGCCAUAGAUUUCCUGAGUGGCAUAAAAGACAAGAAGGAACAAUUGAAUGUGAUAUGGAAGAUCCAUAUAAACAGGUUACAUUGGCAAUAGUAGUACUAUAUCCCAUUAUCAUCCCAUGGGCGGGGGAGAAUUAUCUUAAUGCAAGGGAUGAAAUUUGCUCAGCGCUUUUCUAAACUGAUAGUUAUGUCCUACAGGAAACAAAGAUUUUUGGGAGGAAAGAGAUAGCUACAGUCCUGAGUAUAGUUACUAGUGAGUAAGCCUUGUUACGCAUAGGAAACUCCCCCCCCCCCAUAUGUGUGCCUUCCAGUAGACCCUCAAAGUUGCUUAUGUGUUUACAAGUAUUUUAAAUGCUUGCCUAAGUUUUAUAAUAACCCAGCUAGCUCAUCUGAACCUCGUUUGCUUAGAUUACAUUUCUUAAAAAAUAAAUAAUUGGUUGAGUAUACUUUUAAGACUUUAGGAAUGAAUGGAGCUUAGCUGCAAACUCAAAUGAACUUAUACAUGACCUGAAGGGAAACAUAGAAAUGGCUGCUUGAAACCUAUCUAGUCUUGAGUAUGAUAUGACCCACCUCCAUAUUAUUGCUCCAGAAACCUUACCCUUUUGCAGUGAGAGUCCUAACUUUACAACCCUGGAAUAUUUCACAUGCAAUUUAUGGUAUAAGCUAAGGAACAGGAAAGCAUACUUUUCCAGUGGCAAAAUGAGUGCUAGUGCUGGUUGGAUGUAGUAACCCUGCAACAGAAACACUUCUCUAAAUGAAAGAAGGCAUUGCUUGAUUUUGUGUUUUCUGCAUCUUCCCCCAACAAAUGUAUUAAAUCUGUGCAUUUGUUGUACGGGAAAUUGGCUGGAAAGGAUGUUAUUGAAGACUUGCUUUAUGUCCCUGCUAAUUGUCCACUGUUUAUGAUUCCUGGUUUGGGAACCUUUCCCCAUCCUGUACACUGUUGCACAGAAAUAAUUAUUCUGUUGAGAGAUUAUCAUAAUGUCUGUUUCUCCAGAUUCAGCUUGCUCUCCUCCCUUUAUCCUGCUGCUUCACAGCAUUUUUUAUUCGCUACAAACUGCAUGCCUACCCAUCAGUUCAAUUGUUUAUAACUUGGCUUCUAACAAUAAAAGCUUGUUCAGAGGAAACAAGUAUCCAAAAUUGCAUUUGAAAAUGUCAGUUUCUCAAGAGUUACAGUAAAAGCUUUUUAACAGGGUUGUGUAUGCAUGAUGUAUUUUUCUUCACCUUUAACACUGGCAACAAUCCAAAGAAGUGAGGGUGGGUGCUGAGGAACAUAAAUCUUAAAAGUAGCUUGUGUUUGAGGAGGGGACAGAAAAGAGGGUGAAAGUCUUACUGUCUGAACUUGAAGAUUUUAUUUUCUUGGCCAGCAGUUGUUGUUGUUUUUAAGAUAUGUUUGCAACUUCUUUGUGAAAAAGCUAAUGGUUUCUGUCUUGUGGGGCUCCAGUAGUUAAAUUUCAGUGGUUUUAAUGGAGCAGCAGGAGGGAGAGAACAAGGUUUCUGUUUGUAUAGUUGAGAGUAAUCCAGCUGUUUCAAAUUUGUUUUCCUGAGAGACUGAAAUGAAUAUGGUUGCACUUUUCUUCAUCCUGAAUUUUAAUAGCUUACUCUUGCAUGGGUUGCAUUUCCUCCUCUGAAAACUCUAGAUUGGAAGAUAAACACCACACCCCCAAUUUUCUUUCUUUCUUUCUUUCUUUCUUUCUUUCUUUCUUCCUUCCUUCCUUAUACAUCCAUUGCUUAUUUGAGCCCAGGUUUGGCCUAGAAUCUGUGUCAAGUUCAGGUUUGGGAUAUGUGAAAUGAUGAAUGCUUUUUUGACUCUAUUCAGGUUCCUUCUCUCUCUGGGUAGAUGGGAACAGCUCAUAGUUCUGCAUCUGGGAUUAGGCAAAAAUCUUCCUUAUCAAAAGAAAUUAUGUCCAGGCAAGGUUGACCCUUGGCACUUAAUUUUGUAAAGGUCAUGGUACCUAUAAACUGCCUCUACCUUCUGCUUCUAGCACUCUUAAAACAUUUUUCACUGACACUGGUGAGAUAUCAGUGUUGCCUUGUUUUCUGUUAUUGGCACCCUCCAGCACUUUGAACUAAAUGACAAUGUAAUCAGUGGGCAUGCCUUCCAGAAAUGUGUUGACAACUGAAGCACUGGUUACAGCUUUUCCCUUUGCUGCAGGAAUCUGGGAAAUCAUUGUCCUCCUCCUACUCUUUCAUGUUUCAUACGAUAAGGGAGAACAAUAAUGGUCCUUCUCUAAGGAAAAACUUUUAUCUCCUUCCUAACACGUACAUUUAAGAGGGCUCUUGUUAACAUGGGAAUGAUUAAAUUAUAUUGAUAUAAAUUUAAAUUUAAAUCUGACUACUAUAUUUGGUUUUAAAGUUCUGCCUUUGUAACACUUCUGGGUCCAUUAUUGAAAAAGCUAUAGGUUUCUAUGCUGCUUUACUUCCUGUUGACAUAGUCUCUCUCUCUCUCUCUCUCUCUCUCUCUCUCUCUCUCUCUCUCUCUCUCUCUGUGUGUGUGUGUAUAUAUAUGUAUAUGAGAACCAGGAAAGGAAAUGGAAGGAAGUCAGGAGGUUAAAGAGAACUUCUGAAAAGAUGUUUUUUGUUUUAGUUCUUAUAUUCCGUGUUGUAUAUUUUGUAUUUCUUAUUCUCUUUUUUGAUGGAAAACAAUUGUUGAAUUUGAAAUUGUAAAACCAAGAAAAAUCUACCGUAUUUACACACACAAAAGACAUAGUUUGAUUACAUAUGGCCUUGGACUUAAUCCCAAUCUCAGUUUAAUUGCUGAAUUGCUGGUUCAUGCAAGUUGUAACCCCAUACUUUAGUUACUGGAUAGCUGUGUCAGUUUGCUUUGAAAUGAGACUUCAGCUGUCCAAAUAAAAGCCUUAAAAUAGGUUUGCAGUUUGUGAGUAAAUAAUGUCUUUCUUUAAAAUGAGUAAUGAAACAAACCCAUAUUGAAAAUAAUUGCUCCACAAUAAAAUAUAAAAAUUUGUUGUUGUUGGGUGCCAAUCCAUUCAUUAUCAGUAAAAUAAAUCAAUGACACUAACGAGGCUACAUUAAAAUAUUAAGGCAAGCCAUAAAUAAAGUCAGCCCACAGGCCAAAAGCCUUGAUAACAGAAAGUCAAAGAGAGACUCCAUAGAGGAAGCCCCACUGCUUGAGUUCAGUUAUUGAGAAGGCCCUUUUCUCAUUCUGCUGCCAAAUUUAUUUAUAUCCUAUGCAGAUGCUUACAUGCCACACAGGGCAACUGACAACAAAACCAGCCAUAAUACAUAAUAUAUAUGUGCCUCGAAUACUGGAGGGACUGAGAGAAGGACCACUCCGGAAAAUAGCAAACUCCAGGCAGGUUCAUAUGAGAGAAUAUGGUCUUUUAAAGUAAUCUGAUUCCAAGCUAUAGAGGGAUUGUGCUCCUAAACACAUUGGAAGUCAGUGAAGGCAGUCACAUGCUUCCGAUAGCUGAGGUUUCUGAACAGUUUUCAAAGGGAGCCCCAUAUUUAGCAUUUUGUAGUAAAACGUAAGAAGAUGAUCUGACAAAUCUAGGAAUGGGCAUAAUUGGCACACCAGUUUCAAUUUAUGCAGAAGAAUUCCUGGCUACCACUGGGACCUGCAUAUCCAGGCUUAGAGAUGGAUUCAGGAGGACACCCAGACUGUUUCUGGGUCUUCAAGGGAAGUGCAAUCGCAUGCAAUACAGUCUGAGCCUUUGUUUCCUGAUCUCCUGUUCUACUGACCAAUAAUGCUUCUGUUUUGUCUGGGUUAAAGCUAUAGUUUGUCCAUCCAUAUCUGAAUUGUUAUUAAAUCCAGACACCUACAGGUCUUCAGUAGCUUCUGUGGAUUCAUUAAAAGACUUUUGUAUCACAAUGAGCAUCUGAUUCAAACUUAAUUCUGGCUUUCAUCCAUUGUAUAGCUGAAUGUAUCUUGGAGUGUUGUGUUAGCUAAUUUGUGCAAGGUGUUAAAGCUUAAGACAUGCAUAGGGAGCAAAAGGAGGGUACCUGAGAGAGAGUACUAGGAAGUAACUGUCUUGGUCCAGAGGGUUUGGGAGCUUAUUUUAGAAUAGGAUGCUGAGUAGAUUACAUCAUUUGUAUUCCUUACAAAGCUUUGUUGGCACUCUUAAGUGAUUUGACUGUGGAUGGCAGUCUCUGCUGGCUCUGUCCUUUUGUGUAUGUUUCCAUUUUUCAAUUGUUUUAAUCCUAUUUUGCUUAUGUCACCAGGGAACUUAUUUUAUGGGAAGACUAAAAAUGUAAUAAUCAUUACAGAAACUGGUAUAUUAACAGCCCUUUGCAAUUAUCUGUCAGGUAGGUUGUUAGUAGAACAGAGCACUAAAAAUUAUUCUUAUGUCAAAGAUGUGUGUUCUACUCUGUGACAAACUACACCUUUAAUUCAAAGAUGUGUCAUACAGCAGAUGAAACAGAAAUGAUUUUGUUGCCUGCACUUAAUAUAUUCUGGAUGUGAUUAGGCCCCUGCUAAAUACUUUUCUUUACAAUGUGUGAACUCCCAUUUCAGUGGAAAACAGACCUCUAGGAAGAGUUUCCUGUAAUGUAGGAACAGCUAAGUAUCAUUACGCAUAUGCCAGAAUUUCCAUCAUAUGAUCCUUCAGUGUAUUAGGUUUACACAGUAAGAACACUUUUCCUUUUUCCAUAACACUGUAGCUUGGUUUUGGAUAUUUCAGCACACAAGAAUGUAAGUGAUAGUAGUAAAUGGAAAGGAGAGUCAGUAAGGAAUAUAAACAAUGUCCACCCAACACUACAAUUCUGAUUUAUAACACAUCACAUGCUUUCCCUAAAGUUGAACAUGUGACAUACAUUGUUAAAAUUGCUGCAACCCUGAACAGAGUCUGUGUCCUUUGUGCUGAAGAACUGAACAGUGUACUUAUGCACAUGGGAAGAUGGGAGUGUUUAUUCAUGAGUAGAGUUUGACUCUUAUUUGGAAAAUAAGAGCCAACCCAGUUAGCCCAUUCUGCUAGCUGAAGCCAGAGCAAGGAAUCCCACUAGCAUAACAGGGCUUUCCCCCUCUCCACCUGUGUACCUCCUCCCCCCAAACUGCUCUGGAGGGUCUUGAAAAUCUCCAGAACUGCACAUGGUGGAAAGGGAAGGGCUGUCACUCCAUUGGGCAAACAGGAACAGUUGCACUGAUGGAAUGGUCUCCUUAGUAGUAUGUUGAAUUCCAUCCUUAAUCUGUUCAGUAAUAAUCUGUGCUGCCAAUAAACUCAUAUGGGUUGGCAUGCUGUUUGUGUUAAGACCUGAUCCCUGGUUAUGUGAACACCUCCUUGCCCUGAAUUCUGGACUUUUGCAAUAGCUUAAACUGGUCUGAAUCUAUCACCAUGAGUACACUGAGAGCGGAAUAAGAGGACAUGGCUAAUCUGUUUAUUCAUGAAGUGGGAAUGAAUAUUGAAUUUCUCUCACUUCUAAUCAUACCUGUGGUUCCUACCAGAAAUGAUAUAAAAAGCUUGUUCACAAGUCCCAACUCCUGUUUUUGAAUAGUCCCUAGUGGAGCCUCCUGGAAGUGAUUGUGAUUGCAACAGGGGUAGCAUCUCCUGUUUUGCCACCACCUGACUUGCUCCUGCCACUACCUUGCACCCUGUUGCAUACACUGCUGGUGGUGAAGUGCCACCACCAUCAGCACCAAUUUCAGGCAAGAUUGCAGUGAUCUGGGGUGAUAUCCUGUGCAAUUUUGGUCAAGAUUUGCCAAAAACAUGCACCACUGGAGGAGGCAGCAGGACAGGCAGGGUACCCAUGGGGGUGCCACCUGGGGUACUUCUGCCACCUGAGGCAGCGCCUCACCCUGCCUAAUGACUGGGCUGGUUCUAGAUUGCAAUAUAGGUGGGUGGUGAAGUUGACUUGAGAAUGCAUUUAGCCAUCUGCUCUAGCCUGAUUAUAGGUUUGCCUUCUGUUUGCUCAAAGCAAACGUAACACAGUUUCUUAGUUCCAUAGUUCUAAUGUGUUAGGACAGUUCAAACAUCUAUCUUGGGAAGUACAGGAAUAGGCAAAUAAUUGAAGAGGAGGGGUGGAUUACUCUCUUCCCUUAACAAGUGAUAACAAAAGCACAGCAAACUGACUUCUCCGUCAAACGAAAUAGUAGCAAACAAAGGAAAAGAGAACUUUCAGUGCAGUAGUCUUUACAAUCUCUUAUCAGUGAACUAAUUCUGUUUGUCUCUCUUUCCUUUUCUUUCCCAUGAAUGGGUGUGUCUGGCUUUUUCCUUCUCUGGAAAAAAAUUGUCACACGAACAUUUUUAUAAAUUGCAGCAUUUCUAGGUUUGGCUGGACAGGAGAAGUAUUACGUUACAUUUUAUAUCUGUAUACCACACACUCUAGCACACAUCAAAUACCCAAAUGGGAUUAGAUAACUUUGCGUUUACAGUAAGCCCUCAACUUGUGCAGGGGUUAUGUUCCUAAAGCCAUGUAUAAUUCAUACUUAAUUUUCUAAUUCCAAAGGCUACACAGUAGGUUAUGUUUAAAUCUGCAAUGGAUUCCUAUUGGUGGCACAAUUUGGUUGCUUAACUGCCUGGAGGCGGUUGGAGAAUGGUUGUUGGUUAACAGAUUGAGCUUGAAUCCUGACAAGACUGUUUUUGGGGGACAGAGGGCAGGCAGGUGGGGGGAACUCCCUGGUCAUGAAUAGGGUAACUGUGCCCCUGAAGGACCAGGUGCGCAGCCUGGGAGUCAUUUUGGACUCACAGCUGUCCAUCGAGGCACAGGUCAAUUCUGUGUCCAGGACAGCUGUCUACCAGCUCCACCUGGUAUGCUGGCUGAGACCCUACCUGCCUGCAGACUGUCUUGCCGAAGUGGUGCAUGCUCUGGUUAUCUCCCACUUGGACCACUGCAAUGCGCUCUAUGUGGGGAUACCUUUGAAGGUGACCUGGAAACUAAAACUAAUACAGAAUGUAGCAGCUAGACUGGUGAAUGGGAGUGGCUGCCUGGACCAUAUAACACCAGUCCUAAAGUAUCUUCACUGGCUCCCAGUGAGCACAAUUCAAGUGUUGGUGCUGACCUUUAAAGCCCUAAAGGGUCUCGGUUCAGUAUACCUGAAGGAGCAUCUCUACCUCCAUCGUUCUGCCCGGACACUGAAGUCCUUCUCCUCGGGUCUUCUGUUGCUUGCCUCACUGCAAGAAGCGACAUUACAGGGAACCAGGCAGAGGGCCUUUUCUGUAGUGGUGCCCGCCCUGUGGAACACCCUCCCUUCAAGUGUCAAGGAAAUAAACAACUAUCUGACUUUUAGAAGACAUCUGAAGGCAUCCCUGUAUCAGGACAUGUUUAAUGUUUGAUGUUUUUGUAUGUUUUGAUAUAUGCUGUGAGCCGCCCACCUGUAGUAUUAGCCAGUGGUGGCUGGUGGUGUGGAGGACAAAGCAGACAACCAUAUGCAGAGUCAGAGUCAGGGAUAACAAGAAGCAGAGCUAUUGGUAGUUGAAGUCCUGCAAGGCUGCAGUCCUGUGUAUGCUGACAUGAAAGUAAGCCCCACAGGACUUACCUCAGAGUAGAAUGCAUAGGUUUUUGUUAAUCAUCACAAUAUAAUUAGUCAUUACAUGCAGGAAUAAUACAUCGUUCCUAUGGAAAAGGCAGCAAACAUUGUCUUUAGGAAGGAAAUUAUUUUGCAAUACUCAGUUCUAGUCUGGUGCAUGUUUACUUAGAAUCUAGCCCUGCUGAAUGCAGUAGGACUUGCUCCCAGUGUUUAGAUUGUGAUUAGCACAUUUUCUCCACACAGGGUUCUUGUGCUUUUAAAGCUGCAGGGGAGGCAGAUGUACAGGUGUAGCUUUUCCUAGAAUGAAGAUUCAGCAAACUUGACAGCCUGCUUCAGCAUCAAAAUGAAUCACCAUGUUUGAACAGUCAGAGAUUAGUUGCAAAACUCUUUCAGGGCAUGCAAACCUGUCGGACCCAGAGACUAGCUAGCUUAAGACCCACAGUGUGUGCCAAUCAGAUAAGUAAACAAGAAAUCCCUCAUCCCCAACCCUGCAUUUCAGGUCCAUUUCAGGGCAUGCAAAGACCAGAAGACUACUUUGUUUGCUCUGAAGGCAAGUAAAAUUACAGCAGUGUGGGGAGCAUUGAUGCUGCUGGCCAGGUUUGGACAUGGCUGCUGCUGUCAGUGGUCAGCAUUCUGAGAGUAACUCUUGGGAGUCAGCUGUCAGUGCUUGAAGCUAAUUGAUUGUUCAAGUUAGUACUCACAGUCCUUGGCGCUGAUUGUCUGUGGCUGUCUGUCAUGGAUAUUAUUUUUGCAAAUAACUGUGUCCUUGCCCUCUUUGAAGGCUAUUUUUUUAGUGGGAGUUACUUUGUUUUCUGGACAGUUAUGGGAUCGGGGCCAGGUCACAUUGAUGUAGGCAGAAUGUAGAGUCUCCAAUAAUAUACAUAAUUUGUUGAGUGGUGCCUAUAAUUAAUAAUUGCUUUAGAUGCUGUCUAGUAUUUAUUACUUGUUUUGAUCAUGAUUUUGCUAGAUGGAGGCAGAAGAAGAAGGUUCUAAAAGGAUAGAAGUUGACUUUGAGAAGCUACCUGCCAACUACCACAAUGAAUCGGACACAGAUACAAAAAUUGGAAAUAAAACCAUACAUAGUCACCAAGAAAUUAAUAAGGUAAAGAGCUGCAUUUUGUCUGUAAUUUAUAUUGUCUGUGCCGUGGUAACAAUUGGAUUUCUAUAAUACCUUUUGCACUGUACUGCCCCUGGAAGGCUGGUUGAAAGUUUACAGCCGCUGGCAGAAUCAUGCUGCCCAUGUGCUAACAAUAUAGUAAAGUAACUUUUGUCCAUUUCCAAUAUCUGGGCCCAGGCCAAGAUGUUGGCUUAUUGCCUAUAAAAGCUUCAGUGGUCUGAGCCAACGUAUAUGGAAGGGAAAUUGUCAAGGCAUUGAAAAAGGCAUAUUUAGUGUGAAGGAGCUGGGUGUAGACAAGCUGAGCAGAAAUGUAUUAUUACAGUAUAAUCCUAUGCAAGUCAACUUGGAAUAAGUGUGAUUGUGUUCAGUGGGGCUUACUCCCAAGUAAGUAUGCAUAGAGUUACAUUGGUAGCCUCCUUUUGACUCGCCUUGAGGUCUGUGGAAAGUAGUCUAGAGAUGCUCCUACAAGGGUUACAGCCUUGGACUGCAACACUGCCCUCCAUUUCUGUUGCAUGUUUGGUGAACAAAGCAUUCCAAAUAUUUUUACAUAGUAAGGAGUAAAUUUCAUGCUUUCUUUUUAAAAAAAUGUGCACCCCUCAUAUCUUUCAUUUAUAUCAUUUCCUUGAUGAUAGUUCAAAAUAAUGGGUAUUUUUUAAAAAAUAGGGAUUAAUACAUGGGGAUUAGAAACACCCCAUAUCUCUGUUUAACUGAAAUGAAUUUAAAAUAUUGAUUUAAUGUACUGUGUUUAUUUGCAAUAUUAGGCCACAGAUAACAAGACUGGAUCGACUAACUAUUCUGAAACUAUUAUUACAUCAAUACGGGAAGGAGAGAGCAAAAGGAAUCAUGUAAGUGACUUCUGCUUUUGAAAAGUGAAGACAAACUCCUAACUUUCCAAAGAUGUUCAGCGCUGUAUAUAAUGGGCAGUACCCAUUCCUUUUGUCUCCCUGCCCCCACAAAAAAAAAUCUGGUGGUUCUCUCACUCCUCCAGAGCAGGCAUGGGGGGCGGGGAGAAGAAGUUCCAGUGCUGAGCCCAAAGUAGUGGAACUGUUUAGUUGGAUAGCGCCCAAUGGCUAAACUGUUAGGGUUGAUGGAUGGUCCAUUUGUUUCAGUGAUUCAUAUUUAUAGACUGCUGUGUGCCUCAUGCAGAGAACUGAAGUAAAUAAUGUGCCUCAUGCUAGAGACAAGGUUCAGGUGCUUGUUUCUACCAUGUCUCUCCAUGUGGUGUGGGGACAAUGUUGUGCCUCAGGAACAUGUGUGAAUGGCAUGCAAACUUUUGGCAAAUCCUGCACGCAUUGUAGUCCGACUUGCCCAGUUUGCACAAAGGUUAUGUUGUACCGUGCUUGCAUUCUGCUAAGGUAUUUGUCACUGUGCAUCCCAUUAGCUAGGCCAGAGUUAAAACCAUCAGGUCACUUGAUACCUGAGCCAUGGCAUCAUUCAGGGGAGGGCAAAUCUUCUGUUGUGAUUUUUGGCUUAUUCCCUCCUCUGACUUGCUUUGCUAUUAGUAGGUAAAAUUCUAGCUGACAUUAAAUACAGUGGUUGAAAAAACUGCCCAAGUCUCGUGCUUUUAGAAGAAAAGCCGUUUGAAGUCCAUAUAGCUUUUAAAAUGUUACUUUAAAUAACAUGGACACAAAGAUAAUAGAAGCAAAGCCUUACUUUAGAACUCCCCUCACAAAAGAGCAUAUUUCGCACUCCCAUUUUGGUGACAGCUCAGCUGAUGUCCUUUCUGGCCCCCAAGUGAAAAUAUCUAUUCCUAGUCCCUAGAACAGGAACUGGGCUUUUUGCCAGUACUGGCACCAGAGUCCAGUUCUUGGAAGGUGCUGUGUUGUUGAAGAGGCGCCAUUUACAUACUCAGACCAACUCUUCCUUACUCAGAUUUCAGCUGCGAUUGAUGGCACUAAGAUGGAUAUUAGGCUUUCAUCCAAGAGUUUCAUGAACUUGAGCUGUGAGCUGAUGGAGCUGAAUAAAUUGUGGCUAUCCAUUGUGGUGCCACUCGGGUAUUUUCUUAAACCUACAUUUAAUAUUGACAAAGUUUAAAAUAAUUUCUCAGAUUUUCAGUCUGGAGCAAUGUAUACUUUUAAUUUUAUAGAGCUUUUCUUGCUUUGAAAUUGUGGAUCAUAAUCCAUGUUUGUUUUGUUUUUGAUCAGAGGAAUUCUGAAACAAAUAUUGGAAAGCCUCAAAAGAUAAUUGAUAGCAAUAAGUGAUGAUGCAGCCUUGAAGAUGGUGCAGGCUUAUAUACUGGUGUUACUAGUAAAUAUACUUUAUUUAAAAUACUUAAAUUACAUAUUACCCUACAUAAGUGCAAGGCAGCUAAUAAAAGAAUAUUAAAAUAUGAUAAUUCUAAAAAGCAACAAGAAUAAAGAGCCAGCAGGUAAAACAAUUAAAUCUGUGCUUUAAAUGUUGGUGCGUGUCAUUCCUUAGUCAAUUUGUAUUGGGUUGAAGAAACUUACUAGAAGUCUGAGAAAAACCCUCUUGUUGUAUGCUAAGCAUCUGAAUGUAUAAAGCUAGGCUGCUGGGCAUCUGUUCCUUGCUUCAAGUCCUAACAUAUACUGGACGAUAUAAAACAUUAGCCCCCUAGUUGCAAGGCCUUGUUUUUGGGAACGUAAGUUACUAGAAUUGCUUUUGAAGAAAUUCCCCAGAAGAGGUGCACUAAGAAGCAAAGUCCCAUAGCCUCUGUGUCUGCAGUCUUACCUACGAGUCUUUAGCCUUUUGGAAAACAUUGUCUCUGUCCAGUGUUAAAGGGUGGGGAAAGCAUAAAAUGUCACCUGCUUUUGAAAAUUUAUGGGUAUAAACUGGGAGUAUGGUGAGUGGGAUGAUACAGAAGUGCUGGAAGCUCUUGGCUCAUGCAGUAUAUUCAUGAUGUGAUGGAGAUGGAUGUGGGAAGAUGACACUUCAGUUUCCAUGUACUUAUCAUUUUCUGCUUAUUGCUGAUCCCAAAUCAAAUCAGCAGGUGUAAACAAUAUUGCAACCUGCAGCUGCUAUAGCCCAUCAAAAAGAAUGCUGGCACGCUAAAUUGAGUUAUAGGUUGUUUGGUUUGUUAAUUUGUUAAAAUGCCCUAGCCUGCAGUAGUUCACUCCAAGGGGGACUGAUAAUCAACUAAAACAAAUCAAUAUAAAACAGAACCAAACCAAACCAAACCAUGAAAGCACAGUAGACAUUUUAAAGCAUAUAGGUGAUAGCAAACUACCGGUAAGUCAAGCCCAGAGUAGCCCCAGUGCAAUAAAUGAACUUAAGAUAGAACUCUAUCAAAUCUCAUUGCCCUAAAUAAGAAGCUCCCACACCACACAUGGAUCAGGUCCAUGAAUGCACAAUAAGUAAAUGCUGAUGGGGGUGAACUAGGCUGUGUGUGUGUGUGUGUGUGUGUGUGUGUGUGUGUGUUUGUGUGUUUGUGUGUUUGUGUUAUCCUCUCCUCUCAGUCCAGCUGAAUCCAGUGAGUGCAUGAGAAAGAAGCAUAGAGGAAUGACUAAUAUAAACUGGAACCACUUAGAUAAAGUUAAGCUUUUUAUGUCAGCUAGAUAAAAUAUUAUUUGUUCCCUUUUUCUGAUUAAGACUUUCAAGGGUUUUUUUCAGCAUCUUUUGCUAAUGAGUGUUUGAGCUUUCUGGAAGGCUGAGUCACUGCUAGCUGUUGUCAGGAAGGCGAUCCAGAAGAAUACUGCCAUCAAACCAAUAUUUUAUUCACUGCGGAUCUGAGCUUUUCCUUCGUCCUGUCAAAAUAAUGCAUGACAAAAAUCUGCACGGUAGUUCUGCUGCACUUGGAAACAUUCCAGUGGAAAAAAGGUGAACCUAUGGCCCUCCAGAUGUUGAAUUCACAUCAUCGCUGGCUUUUGCCCAUUGUUGCUGGAACAGAUAGGACUUGGAGUGCAACAACAUCCAGAGGGCCAUGCAUUUCCCAUCCCUGCCAUAGAAGUUGCAAGACCAGUAGAAAACGACCAGGUUUUCUUGGGUAAUUGAUGUUUCAGUUAGCCUGGACCCAAAGUAUUCUUGAAUACCAAGAAUGCAGUCUGACAGAUCUUGCAUAUGCAGUGCCUUCAUCUGUCCCUGGAACAUGGUAAGCGCUUCUUGUUCAAAGGAGAGAACAAAUUCUCCCACAAUUUUCCAUAAUGCUCCACAACACUAUUUGAGAGACAGUUUGCUUUUUAGAAAGAGUGUUUCAUAAGCACAGCUCAGUGGUGAGUCAUGGAAAGUUCUGAUGCAGCUUGCAACAACAGAAGAUAAUGUAGGCCUGACCUUAAAGUCACAGUGUAUUAAAAAUUAGUUAUGUAAGGUGGCUCUGUAUGAAUCCUUCUUGCAUGACACAAGGUAACAUCAGUAGAAGUUAAUUCUGACCCACAUAGACAAGCCUGAAAGUGUUGAGCUUCUCUGGCAUAGCGCAGAAUGACCCUUUUUUAAAAAGUCCCACUUUAAAGAAAUACUAAAAUGAAAUGGAAUUUAUGCAAACGUUAAUAAAAUUAUGUAAAACCUGAAUGAAUAAAAACAAAAACUUACAAUUCUGAAUCUCCCUGACAAGACAGAACAUUUUCCCUCAAGAUUUUUCUCCUCUUUUCAGUUACUACAGAUAGAGAAUGUGCAGUCUUCAUAGUUGUGCAUUUACUAUGUCUGCCAAGUAGAUAGAUUAUAUCUGUGUUCUUUUCCUCAUAAAAGAGAGCAUUUGAAAACACAAUUCCACCUAGCAUAAGAAGAGUGUACAAUCCAUUGUGACUGGUAAGUCUUGAAUUCUGGGUUCUUGAGGCCAAAGUUGCUGCUCUUGGAAUCUGAGACUCAUUUAAACAAGCUUCUAAUAUUAGGUGAGUUUAGCUGCUCAGAAUCAGGACUUAUUCUGAAGGACGUUGACAAACUCAAAGGGGGUUCCCUGCCUUCUUAUAUUUUAAAAUUCACAGGCCUCUCUAACCAAGCAUGACUUGUAAUCAGUGUGGAAAGUUGGCAGUUCUUGACAACUAACUUGUUUUGGAACUUCAAGCUUGCUUGCUUGCUUGCUUUCUUUCUUUCUUUCUUUCUUUCUUUCUUUCUUUCUUUCUUUCUUUCUUUUUCUUUUCUUUUUUUGAGAUUAAACUGUACCACAGUCUGCCCACUGCAGAUACAAAGGGACUGAGUCAGACAAUGAAAUACUGUUUGUUGAGACAGUGAAACAUUGCUGUUAAAGCAAGAAAACUGCUUUUCUUGCUUUCUCAACAUUAUCUGUGAAUGAUAUUAUAUGUUUCUACCUUGCUACCCACCCCACACAGGAGCUCAAGGUUGUGUACAUUAUCCUCCCUCCCCCCCCUUUAUCUUUGCAACAGCCCUGUGAGGUAGGCUAGGCUAAGUAAAUAUAGGUACAUAAGCAGCAGUUGUUGCCAAUAGAUUGUGGGGUGAGGGUGCAGGAGGCCCAAUCCACAUACAGUGUACCUCCCCCAGGAAGUCCUGUUGGCAGUCCUAGAUGCAGGUGUUUUUUCCCAUUAAUUGGGGGAUGGCUAAUGGAGGGGUGUAUGCCUUUUGUUAUGUCAUGCUACCACGGCAACCACUUUGUGUUAUGCAGUGCCCCUCCAUGGCGGCCAUUUGUGGCUGGUACCCACAACACUUUCUUAAAAUUCAAAAUGCACACACUGGCCCAAUGACCCCUACAGCAAAGAGUGGUUCUAUUUUAAUACAGUGAGUUAAAAUAUUAGUUUUAUCAAGCCUAAUUUAGGCGCACUCCUGUUAAGCACAGCUCUGUACUCUAAGAGUGAUAUGGAACAUUAAUCAUAUUUUGGAUAGACCCAUUGAAGUCAAUGGUCUCAAGUAAUUUAAGUCCGUUGAUUUCCAUAGUCAGCAUGACUUAUAAGUUAGUAAGGUGCCAACUACAUAGCCAAGAAAUGAGGAGGAAGCAUUCUUAUGAUUCGCGAUUUCAGCAUUCUUCUUGGUAUAGCACUAUAACCAUUUAUAUAAUUAUAGUGGUAUGAGUGGCUCUUUGCCUUUUUCCACAUCAUUCCGCAGCUUAUACUGUCUGCAAAAGUACUUGGAAAGUAUUUAAGCUAGAAUACAUCUGAUGAGGUCCAUGGCAAUAUUUCUAAGAUAUUAAUCCUUCAGUGUGCUGGCUGCUAGUUUUUUUUGAAAAUGUCUGAAAUUGAAAUCUUCCCCAAGCCUAGAAAACAAUGAAGAUGUCAAAUUUAAACACGCAAUAAACUGCUUUGCAAUAAAAUCUUGUGUUCAACCUUUUGGGGAAGUCAUGUACUCUUUUGAGAAACUGAUGAAAGGAAUCCAGCUAGGAAUCCAGUUCAGCCUGAAAUACGUCCAUCACUUUUUUACUUACUGCUAUGUAAGAUGUUGGACUCUUAUGUACCAUUUGUAGCAGCUCUUUGAUAUGACCUGACAAUAUAUUGAUCUAGUGUUACUGAAUGAGUGCAUCCAGGGAGGUCAACACAGAAUUGUUUUGCUGUUUUCUGUGACGUGGGACAAAGUUUGGCAAAACUCUGCAUGUACUGUAUGUGAUUGCAAAAGGAUAUUCUUUACUUUCAAGUAAUAGGUUGACCGCAUAGCUUUGCUAUGUAAAGCAAUGUGUAGGACCGCAGUGUCCCAGUCUGCUACUAGUAAAUCUUAGCUGCAUGUGGUGUUAUCGCAGCAACUAUUUCUUCUAUACUUACCAAAGGUAUGUCAUUUCUUUUCUCAGGAGUGCAUUAUUGAUGAGGACUGUGAGACAGGAAAAUACUGUGAAUUCUCCGGCUUGGAGUACCGGUGUCAUGUUUGCAAAACUCAACACACUGUGAGCGUUGCAUCCCCCUUCCCCCCAUCUAGCUCUUCUUAACUUGGCAGACAGGCUGAAGUUAUAUAACAGAACUAUGUUGAUUGUGUGAUGCCUAGGUAAUGUGAAUAAUAGUGACUGGUAGAGUCCAGGCCCUAUUUAUUUUAAGUACAAGAAAAGCAGAGUGAAGAUGGUAAAGUACUGAUGAAAUGCCUGCUGAACUCUCAACUUAAAUUAGAAACAUAUGGUUUUAAUUGUUUAUAUGUGAGCCUUAAAUGUAAUGACAGGAAAUACCCUGUUCAGCAUGGUAGAAAAACAUAACCGGAUUUUUCAGAGGAGCAGAAUUCUACAUUUAAGUCCAACCUUUAAACUAAUAGUCAAAAUAGGUUUAUUCAUAUAAACUAUAAUAGGGUACUUUACAGAGGUGUCCUUUAUCCCCUUUACUUUUGGAUUUUUUUUAAAACCUAGCUUGUGCCGUUGGUUUACACCAGCUUCCAAAAAGUAUUCAAGAACCGUCCCACAUAGAGCACAUUACAGUAAUCCAGACUUAGCUGCAUUUUGAUCAGGAGCAAGUCACCCCACUAUAUCUGUUUUUUCUUUGUGGUUUGUGUUGGUGUGUUUCUUAGGCAAUGCGCCAUGUUUUUAUAUUAAGCUGUUACAGAAUUACUGAUGCAGUGAUAGUGUGGACUUUCAGAAUUUAGGUCAGUGGGAUUGUUUAAUGCAGGUCUAUGAAGAAGUUCAUGCCCGAUGCAAGUUACUGUAGCCAGGUUAUAUUGACUGUAUUUAUGAUGUUGUGCGUCCCAUUAUGAUUAAGAACCAAUUCAGUAUGUGUGUGUUUAUUUUUCUCUCCUAAGCAAUGCUCUCGAGAUGUGGAGUGUUGUGGACAUCAACUCUGCGUCUGGGGUGAGUGCGUGAAAGCUGCCUCAAAAGGAGAAAAUGGAACGAUUUGUGAAAACCAGAAAGACUGCAAUCCUGGAAUGUGUUGCGCAUUUUCAAAAGGUCAGCCACUACAUCACUUUCUGCUGUUGUUCCUAUUCUUUCCCUUGCACGAGAGGCCAAGCAAGAAACUACUUCAGUGUGUGAGCUUGCAUUUCCACUGUAUAUUGCUCUUCACCAACCUUCAAGAUCAGAGCCGUCUUUCCCAUUGGUCUUAGUGGUUCAGGGUGCUGGCCUCUCAGGGGCACCCUACUGAGUGGGGGAGCUGCACGGCUUUGCCGGCAGCAUCCCCUUUCCCUGCACACCCGCCAGCUGCGCCCUGCCAACUAUAUGGCUGGCGGGUGUGCAACUUCCUUCCCAAGCCUUCACAGGAGGAGAGCGAUCCCCUCAGAGGCUUCGGAUGGAAGCUGCUUCCCUCCCAAGCCUCUGCAUCUGCUAAAGACGGCCCUGCUCCCGGUCGUUGUCCUCCUCCUGCUUCCUGGCGAAAGGCGGCGUGCAGCCUUCCUGGGCUGCCUUCUCGGGCGCCCCAACACCUGAGAGCAUGUCAACCAGGAUGUUUUCCUGCUUGAUCGCCACCACCACGCCAGGGAUCGGGGUGGUGGGGGAGGCAGAGGACAUUUUCCACCUCCACCUCCCUUGUUUUGGAGUUGGGGGGCGCUGGAGGGAUCUUUGCACCAUGGUGCAGGAUAUGCUUAAGACGGCCCUGUUCAAGAUGCUUUGGGCUACAAUUCCCAUCAUCCCCAGCCAGCAUGGUCAAUGGAUAGGGAUGACAAGAAUAACAGAAUCUUAGAGUUGGAAAGGACCCAAGGGUCUUCUAGUCCAGUCCCCUGCAAUGCAGGAAUCUCAGCUAAAGCAUCCAUGACAGAUGGCCAUCCAACCUCUGUUUAAAAACCUCCAAGGAAGGAGAGUCCACCUCUCGUGGGAAUCUGUUCCACUGCUGAACAGCUCUUACCGUCAGAAAGUUUUUCUGAAUCUUUAGUUGGAAUCUCCUUUCUUGCAACUUGAAGCCAUUGGUUUGAGUCCUACCCUCCAGAGCAGGAGAAAACAAGCAUGCCCCUCCUCCAUGUGACAGCCCUUAAGUUAUUUGAAGAUGGCUGUCAUAUCUCCUCUCAGUCUCGUUUCCAGGCUCCUUCAAGCACUCCUAAGACUUAGUUUCCAGACCCUUGAUCAAUUCCUCUGCACAUGUUCCAGCUUGUGGUGCCCAGAAUUGCACACAAUAUUCCAAGUAUGGUCUGAGUAAGGCAGAAUACAGUGGUACUAUUACUUCCCUUGAUCUGGACACUAUACUUCUGUUGAUGCAGCCUAGAAUAGCAUUAACUUUUUUUUGCUGCUGUUGACUCAUGUUAAGCUUGUGUUUCACCAAGACCUCUAGAUCCUUUUCACAUGUACUUUUAGUAAACCAGGUGUCCCCCAUCCUAUAUUUGUGCCUCUGGUUAUUCCUGCCUAAGUGUAGAACCUUACAUUUGUUCCUAUUGAAAUUCAUUUUGUUAGCUUGUGCCCAGUUCUCCAAUCUGUUACUGUCAUUUUGAAUUCCGAUUCUGUUUUCUGCAUCAUUAGCUACCCCUCCCAGUUUGGUGUCAUCUGCAAAUUAGAUGAGCACCCCCUUAAUUUCUUCAUAUAAGUCAUUUCUAAAGACAACAACAAGCCCAGGACAGAACCCUGUGGCACCCCACUUGUCACUUUUUUCUAGGAUGAUGAGGAAUCAUUAAUGAGUACCCUUUGGGUUUGGUCAGUCAAUCAGCUACAAAUCCACCUAACGGUUCUCUUUCAACUCACAUUUUACCAGCUUCCUUGUGAGAACAUCAUGGGAGUCUUUGUCAAAAGCCUUACUGAAAUCAAGAUACACUAUGUCCACAGCAUUUCCCUGAUCCUCCAAGUUUGCAAUUCCAUUAAAAAAAAAUCAAAUCAGAUUGGUCUGGCAUGACUUAUUUUUGAGAAAACCCAUGCUGGGUCUUAGUGAUCACAGCAUCCUUUUCUAAAUGCUCACAAACCGACUGUUGAAUUAUCUGUUCUAGGACCUUCCUUGGUAUCAAAGUCAAGCUCACCAGUUGGUAGUUACAUGAGUCUUCCUUUCCCCCCUUUUUGAAGAUGAGGAUAACAUUUGCCCACUUCCAGUCUGUAGGGACCUCACCUGUUCUCCAAGAAUUCUCAAAGAUAAUAGACAAAGGCUCUGAAAUUACUUCCACAAGCUGCUUUGGUACUCUUGGAUGCAGCUCAUCAGGCCCUGGAGAUUUGAAUUCAUUUGAAGUAGCUAGGUGUGUUCCCUUACUACCUCUCUUCCUGUCUUGGGCUGCAGCUGCCUCCUACCACUUGCUUGCUUGUUCGUCCUCUUACUUUGGACAUAGCUGAAGAGUUGUACUCCAAAACAACUGGAGCACAGCAGAUUGAGGGAGGCUGGUAUAUAUUAAUCUGUAUGUGUAGGAGAAGUCCGUGGCAGAGAAUAAUCCAUAAAAUGCACAUCUUGUAUAAUACAAAAUUUGGCCAAAUGGUAAAGCAGUGUGCUUGACAACUGAGCAUGAUGCUAUGAAAAUAGAACUUAAAAAAAAAAAAAACUCUGGAUGAUUUGUGCGAGAUUUCCUGUCAACUAGCAGCAGUUUUCUUAAUCUUGAAACUCCUUUCAGUCUGCUUUGUAUUUGCAACGUUGUUGAUAUGGGAUGUUGUGUUUCUUGAGGCUCUGCUUUAGAGAUUUUACAAUGCUUUUGAGGAAAAGCUACCAUUGUCAAGAGUAUGAAAAUGAGAACCAGGCACUGGGAAAGUCUUCCUUAGCUUAAAUCAGAGAGGUAGCAUAGUCCUACACACUUUCCCUGAGUCCAUGUCCCUGCCCAGCCGUGAUCUCGUUGGAUGUCCAGAGGGCAGCUUGCUGUCUUGUGGCUUUUUUCUCAUGAUCACUCAGUAUGAAAGAGAAAUUGUCAGAGGAAGAGAUUUCCCAUACAAAUUAUCACCAUAUGGUAUGUUGGUAACAAGUGUUCCCACUAGCUCUUAGUCCUCUGCAAUCUGUAAAAUAGGAUUAGCAUUGAUCUCAAACAGCUCUUAUGGAAUGAAACAAGGUACUGUAAAGAAACAAGAUAAAGGUAAUUGAAGCAUCUUACAUAGAAUAGAUGCUGAUAACGUUGAUAUCUGUUACUAAGAAAUCAGCUCCCGUUUCCCUAAGAUGAACAUAUCGGUUCUGUUCAAAUAAUCCUAGACAUCAUGUUUAUCUUUUUGCUCAUACCUUGAGCAGGACAUGCUGUGUUGAGAUUACUAGCUGCUAAUGGUAUGCUAAUGGUAUUAAUUUCUUCUGAAUUAGUAGAACACCACCCUUUAUCACAAGAAUGUGCAAUAAGUGAAUUUGGUUUUCAGGAUGGAGAUAUGCAGCCUUUUGUUCCAACUGAGAGCAUUAAAGGCUUGUUUUAAGGCCUUGAAAACAAGAUGGUGCACAUAUGACUAAAUACAUGUGCUAUCUUGGUUAGGGUUAGGAUUCCUGUGGAUCUAUUUGUCAUUAGUAGUGUAUUGUGUCCUUGUAACUUAAUUAAGUGAAUUAAGAAAGUUUUUCUAGGUGAACCCUUAGAAUUUGUUGGAAGGAAAAGGACUGACAUUGCUAUGCAAACUCAGCUUGUCUUAUAUUUAAUAUUAGGCAAAUUUAUAUUCCUUAUUUUACAUAUUCAACCUGCACAUAUUCUGCAUGUGAAACUGAAGAGAUCAGACGUUUUACUGGAUUUUCCAAUUUUUACCUACAGACCUUCUGUUCCCUGUGUGCACCCCAUUACCUGGAGAGAGAGAGCCUUGCUAUGAUCCCUCAAACAGGCUUCUUAACCUAAUUACAUGGGAGCUGGAGCCAGAUGGAGCCCUCGAUCGCUGCCCAUGUGCACAUGGAUUCAUUUGUCAGAUGCAGAGGUAGGAAAAUGGAUUAUUUUUCACAGAAAGAUCAGGAGCAGAUCCUGUGUGCACACCUCAUUUUUCACUUGAAGACAAACCCACUUUCUGGACAUAUAACUUCCUAGACAAGCCUUCCCUGCCCUGGGGCUUUCCGGAUGUUACUGGGUUUUUAACUCAGUCUCUGCCAGCAUGGCCAGUUGUCUGAUCUUGACAGGAGUUAGUCCAAAUGUAUGGAGGGUACCAGACUGGGGGUGAAUGUGCACACUGCAAAAAUAUUGACUGCUGAUUUUUUGGGGUGGACCAGGUCUCAUCUUCCCAAAAAACUUAAGGAUGCAAUCCUCCUGGUUCAGGCUUAAAUCAAGUGCACAAAUUACUCAAGACUAACUUAAGCCUCUGUGGUUUGAAUUGCACUUAAGUUUGACUUGGAGUGGAGCUAAAGUGUAUUAAAGAACCGAAACCUAAUUUCCAUAGGACAUAAAUGCCAUGAAUAUAUCAGAUUUGCCUUUCUUUUGACCCUAACUGAACAGUGGCAAAAGAAGGGUUAUCAUUUCAGAGUUCAGGGAGAAUGGAAAGAAUUUUCAGUAGCACUGGUCUACUUUUGGAUAUAUCCAAGACAGAAUUGCAAACGGGACCACUGCAUUUUAAGGGUACAUGUUCUGGCUACUUUUAAAAUGCCUCAUAGCCUGAAGCAAAUUAUAUUUUGGACUGGUUUCUCACACUUGUAUGCAUGCUUGCAUAGGCACUUGUACAACUUAUCUAAGAGAAAUGCACAACUUUCUCAACAGGCAUAGCAGUGAUUCUCUCUGUGAACUCUCUUUCAAUAAGACCCAAAAUGAGGAGAAGCCUUUAGCAGUGGAUGAAAUAUCACUUCUGGAUUUUGUAACAUCACACAUUCCUGGCGACUAUGGAGAGAGAUUGAUUACAGAAGUACAGGAAGGUUUGGAUGAAGACUUAACUGAUCCAAAGAAACUGGAUCUGAUUUUUGGAGAUGAAAUGUAA